CCGGGAGCCGGGACGGCGCGAGCGGGCAUGGCGAGCUGGGCUCAGCCGGACUCGGGUAUCUGGGCAGGGUGGGCCCGAGGCAGAGCCAGAGGCCGCUCACCUUACCGAGAUCUUGACGGGAUCUUGUUCGGUUUCUAGAGCUUGAUUGGGGUUUCUCUGGAAACCCCCCUGGUAAGUGUGGAGGAGGCGGGACACUCUGACCCAAGACAAAAGGCUUGUAGCUCCAGCCAAAGAAAAUAAACCUUAGGAGGGAGAAGGAAAAAAAAAAAAAAAAGCCAGCUGUUCCUGAGAACAGCCUGCUGUGGAAUCUACUGAAAGACAACUAAUGUGAGUGAGGAAGUGACUGUAUGUGGACUGAGGGCCUGGACUUGGUUAGGAGCAGUUGUUUUUUUCAGAGGUGAGGUGUCAAGAAGGGGAGAGUGAAUGUGGUCUAUAGAGUGGCCUUGGCUCAGCUGGGUGUGCUUUCCUCCAAGGCCAUCAAAACGCUCAGCCUCUGUGUUCUGCCAGGGUGGGGUACAGGGUUUGGCACUGAGAAGGGUAACUUACUGACUGGAGCAGCAGAGCAGUGGCCUGGAUUUACUUCUUGGAAGAUUUAAAAACCAAACAGCAUAGACAUUCUGGUCCUUCAGCAAUGCUUUCUCUGAAGAAAUACUUAACGGAAGGACUCCUCCAGUUCACCAUUCUGCUGAGUUUGAUUGGGGUGCGGGUGGACGUGGAUACUUACCUCACCUCACAGCUUCCCCCACUCCGGGAGAUCAUCCUGGGGCCCAGUUCUGCCUAUACUCAGACCCAGUUCCACAACCUGAGGAAUACCUUGGAUGGCUAUGGUAUCCACCCUAAGAGCAUAGACCUGGACAAUUACUUCACUGCCCGGCGGCUCCUCAGUCAGGUGAGGGCCCUGGACAGAUUCCAGGUGCCAACCACCGAGGUGAAUGCCUGGCUGGUCCACCGGGAUCCAGAAGGGUCUGUCUCUGGCAGCCAGCCCAGCUCAGGCCUGGCCCUCGAGAGUUCCAGUGGUCUCCAAGAUGUGACAGGCCCGGACAGCGGGGUUCGAGAAAGCGAAACGGAGCAGGGAUACGGUGAAGAUUUGGAGGAUUUGGGAGCCGUAGCCCCUCCAGUCAGUGGAGACUUAACGAAAGAGGACAUAGAUCUGAUUGACAUCCUCUGGCGACAGGAUAUUGACCUGGGGGCUGGGCGUGAGAUUUUUGAUUAUAGUCAUCGCCAGAAGGAGCAAGAUGUGGAUAAAGAACUGCGAGAUGGAGCGGAGCAGGAGAGCACCUGGCCAGGCGAGGGCGCAGAAGCUCUGGCACAUAACUUGCUAGUGGAUGGAGAAACUGGAGAAAGCUUCCCUGCACAGUUUCCAGCAGACAUUUCCAGUAUAGCAGAAGCAGUGCCGAGUGAGAGUGAGCCUCCAGGUCUUCAAAACAACCUGUUAUCUCCUCUCCUGACUGGGACAGAGUCGCCAUUCGAUUUGGAGCAACAGUGGCAAGAUCUAAUGUCCAUCAUGGAAAUGCAGGCCAUGGAAGUGAACACAUCCACAAGUGAGAUCCUGUACAAUGCCCCUCCAGGAGACCCUUUGAGCACCAACUACAGCCUUGCCCCCAACACUCCUAUCAACCAGAAUGUCAGCCUGCAUCAGGCCUCCCUAGGAGGCUGCAGCCAGGACUUCUCACUCUUCAGCCCUGAGGUGGAGAGCCUGCCUGUGGCCAGUAGCUCCAUGCUGCUCCCGCUGGUCCCCAGCAAUUCCACCAGCCUCAAUUCCACUUUUGGCUCCACCAACCUAGCAGGACUCUUCUUUCCACCCCAGCUCAAUGGCUCAACCAAUGACACAGCAGGCCCUGAGCUUCCUGACCCCCUGGGGGGUCUGUUAGAUGAAGCGAUGCUGGAUGAAAUCAGCCUGAUGGACCUGGCCAUUGAGGAAGGUUUCAAUCCUGUGCAAGCCUCUCAGCUUGAAGAGGAAUUUGACUCUGACUCAGGCCUCUCCUUGGACUCUAGCCAUAGUCCUUCCUCCCUGAGCAGCUCAGAAGGCAGCUCUUCUUCCUCCUCUUCCUCUUCUUCCUCUGCUUCUUCCUCAGCCUCUUCCUCCUUUUCUGAGGAAGGUGCUGUUGGCUACAGCUCUGACUCUGAGACCCUGGAUCUGGAAGAGGCUGAGGGUGCUGUGGGCUACCAACCCGAGUAUUCCAAGUUCUGCCGCAUGAGCUACCAGGAUCCAUCCCAGCUUUCCUGCCUGCCCUACUUGGAGCACGUGGGCCAUAACCAUACGUACAAUAUGGCUCCCAGUGCCCUGGACUCUGCUGACCUGCCACCACCUAGCACCGUCAAGAAAGGCAGCAAGGAGAAGCAGGCCGAUUUCCUGGACAAGCAGAUGAGUCGGGAUGAGCAUCGAGCACGAGCCAUGAAGAUUCCCUUUACCAAUGACAAAAUCAUCAACUUGCCUGUGGAGGAGUUCAAUGAGCUGCUGUCCAAAUACCAGCUGAGCGAAGCCCAGCUGAGCCUCAUCCGUGACAUCCGACGUCGGGGCAAAAACAAGAUGGCGGCACAGAACUGCCGCAAGCGGAAGCUGGAUACCAUUCUAAAUCUGGAGCGGGAUGUGGAAGACCUGCAGCGUGACAAAGCCCGGCUGCUUCGGGAGAAGGUGGAGUUCCUCCGUUCCCUGCGGCAGAUGAAACAGAAGGUCCAGAGCCUGUACCAGGAGGUGUUUGGGCGAUUGCGGGAUGAGAAUGGGAGACCCUACUCACCUAGUCAGUAUGCGCUCCAGUAUGCUGGGGAUGGCAGUGUCCUCCUUAUUCCCCGCACUUUGGCAGACCAGCAGGCCCGGCGACAAGAGAGGAAGCCAAAGGACAGGAGAAAGUGAGCCUGGGGAGGAAGGGGGUUGUUGCUCACCAAGAUGGAAACUGGAGAAGGGCUGGGCCUGGACCUGGACCUACAGCAGGGACUUUAAUGCCUUCUUAUCCAAUAGAUCUUCUCAGAGAGAAUGACUGGUCAGUGGAGAGGAAGAGGCAGGCAUAGACGCUGUCUGGCUCAGCUUCCCCCACUGGGGGGUGGUGAAAGUGACCAGACCCCUUGCGUGGACAGGGUCCUUAUCCCUACCCCUUUUCUUUGUAAGAAGGGGUGGUGCAGGCAUUGUUGGAGGCUGGAAAAGGGCAAGGAAGGGAUUUACUGAAGGAGAGGAAAGUAGCAGAAAGUCAUGUUUCUGGAAGGAAGGAA